UAUAUUGUCGGCCAACACUAUAUAGUGUUGGUCUUGCAGAUCCGAUUUUUUGCUUAUUCUGAGUAUUUAUUUUGGCACAGCCAACUUCAAAACGCAGCAUGAGUGGUUGUGUUCAAAUCUCUUAUUAAACUAUUCAUGUAAUUUCCGCGAUAGCAAAUGUAUAUAAAGUCUUUGUUCAUCCCACAUAAUAUCAUAUCACCCUUCAGCUCACUUAUACAUUAAGAUCAUUUCUAUUACUCUAAGGUGUCCACUCAUCUUCCGUGCUUCGAAUUCACAACACCAGAACACCAUUUAUUGUACCUCAGCGAUCAUGCACUUCUCUACCCCAAUCACUCUUCUCGCUGCCUUCUGCACUUUAGCUACAGCUAUGCCAGCAGCCCUUGCAGCUACCGAGACAGCACCAGUUAUUACACCAACAGUAACCCCACAUAGAAUAACGCCCAACGCCAACGAAGCAAUCGUCAACGCUUAUUCUGGAAGUUCUUGCGACGGAACCUCAACUUCAUUCAAUAUCGCCGGCUCUGGAGCACAUUCAUGCGCCCCCGUUACCAAUGUGCGCUCCAUUGCAGUCUCACAGAAGUAAGUUGCACAAAUUGUUGAUUUCGAUUGAAGGCUAAUAGUGUAUAGCAAAUGCGCAACUUACGUUUGGUCUGGAAACAACUGUGAAGGGAGCAGUACUCAUAUUAGCGGCAAUUCAUGCUUCAGUGUUUUGUUCGCCUCGGUCUCUGUUCAAUGCUAGAUCUAAAUUGUGUAUGCUUGUGGUCUUAGAAAUUAAAAUAGUUUUGUUUGUGGUAGAAGUGUCUCAACUCUUGCUGCCAAUGGCCUAUUCCCAGUUCGAGGAGGAUGGAAAACUUCAUUUGUUUGCAGAUCGUUAAGGCCCGGUAGCCCCCAAAAUCCUGUAUAUAUGGAGUGGCUAUCCGUACCAAUUUAUAUUCUUCAUUAUCUAUAGAUUCCAAAUCAAAUACAACAAUUGGUUUCU